AAAACAAAACAGGAGCGUGCUCUCGUGCGGCGCUUGCAUGGCGAUGUUCGAUGUCCCUUGUGAGCAGCUAGGCUGGGAGCCUGCUCGUUUGUAGGUGUUAUCUUCAGUGAUGAUCAUUGUGUGCAGGGAUGUCUUGAUUGCCGUGUGUCGCAGGUAACGCGCCUGAUACUCAUAUUCAGGAUGGAACAGGAAUUCCAAGAAAUAGAUUCUAAAAACUCUUGGAAUUCAGUCUACCAGAAGAUCAGGCACAAGUCCAACAGCUAUGACUACACGUGUAAAGACGCAAGACGAAUGGAUAACAAGAGCUUAAAUCGGUACCGAGACGUAAAUCCAUAUGACCACAGCAGAGUCAUCUUAAAACGAGGGGACAAGGAUUAUAUUAAUGCCAGCCUGGUUAAAGUGAAGGCAGCUAAUCGCACCUACAUUUAACUCAGGGA